CAUAAUGGCCCAACCUGAUUGGUCGAACAUGACGGUCCACCUGGAGGACUCCCUGACGAGGACGCUGAGCGACUUCCUGAACACCUGGAGGUGGAACUCCACCGCGGCGCAACGCAAGCUGGACGAGCGGCUUACCGAGGAGAACUUCCGCAACGUCAUCUGGUACCUGCUGGUGAUGAUCGGAAUGUUCUCCUUCAUCGUGGUGGCCGUGCUGGUCAGUACCGUGAAGUCCAAGAGGAGCGAGCACUCCGAGGACCCCUACCACAAGUACAUCGAGGGAGAGUGGACGUCCGACCCCGCCCUCGUCAUCUCCAACCCAAGCCCCAAGGACUUUGGGAUAUCCUCCCCGUGAAGCGCAAUAACCGUACAGUCCAAUCGUCCACUAACCUGCCCAAAACCCUCCCUUGCCAAACCCUCCCUCACCCUUCUCUAAUUUAGCACUCCGAGGACCCCUACCACAAGUACAUCGAGGGAGAGUGGACGUCCGACCCCGCCCUCGUCAUCUCCAACCCCAGCCCCAAGGACUUUGGGAUAUCCUCCCCCUGAAGGUCCUCUAACCCUUCUCUAAUUUAGCACUCCGAGGACCCCUACCAUAAGUACAUCGAGGGAGAGUGGACCUUCGACCACGCCUUCAUCAUCUCCAACCAAUCGUCGCCUAGAUCUACUUCAACCCCAGUCCCAAGGACUUUGCUGGGAUAGGCUCACCCUGAGGCUCCCCAGAAAGUUCGACCGUCUACUCUAUGAAUGUGUCCACUCUACUUCACCCUUCUCUGAUUUAGCAGUCCAAGGAC